UUUUUUAUUUUUGAGCCAGCUUCUGUUCAGAAACUUGGAGCGCGCUUGCUGCGAACGAUGCUGUUCUUCGUCGCCUUUGCGUCGAUUUUGAUAGGUGCAGCUUUUGCUGAGGCAAAUUUUGAAGAUACACGAUGUCGUUGUGUUUGUCCAAGUACAAUGUAUUUCGUCGGCGAUAACAGUACUAAGCAAAGCGAUAAUCAUCGACGAUAUUAUACAAUGACAAACAUCGGGCCGAGUGUGUGUAAUCCGCAAUCAGUUGUGAAAACUGAGGUGACAAAAUAUGUAGAUGAAACACACAUGGAUGCGUUCUUGGCGAACUGCGACUGCCGAUUCGAGAGCAGAAAUACAGUAAUGCUCAAGGUCGUCGUUAUCUUUGUAAUCUGCGUGAUUAUGUUGCUGGUAACGUACAUGGCAUUCCUUCUUUGUUUGGAUCCCAUGCUUAGGAAACAACGGUUCCAGUCAUCGUAUCGUCAACAAAACGAUGAGAUGGAAGACAAUAUAUUUGCCCGAGCAACGGAAAGCUCGUCUGCAGAAUCGACAGUUCCGACAAAUAUGCGCGCUAGAGCAGGAAGCAAAUCAAAUGUGCUUGGACGGGUAGAAGCUGAACAGAAUCGAUGGAUGAAGAAGGUCGAAGAGCAGAGAAGAAAUAUCUUUGAGGAUCAUACAAUGCUCAAUUAGAGCACUGGGUCAGCUGUUAUCUGAAAGUGAAGGUUUGAAAAUCCGAGAGGAGACACUAAGGUUUGAUUUACAAUACUCGUUUGGAUCCUGAUAUCUGGGCUCAGAGAUGUCCAUUGUUGUUCUAUGCUUUACACUGUUCUGUUUCACGAUUUAAAGCCAUCCUUAGUUUUUUUUAUAUAUAGUGACUCA